AUGACGGCUAGGCUGCUGCCGUGGCCGGCCGGGUUUCGCAUCCGGCUGCAGACUUGGGUUCGAUGCAACGGCCGCAAGGGUCCAGGCUGCCGUGGCCCCCGCGCUGCUCCCACCAAGGCCAGCUCCACGGCCGGCUCCGUCGGCGUCGGUUCCAUCGGCGUCCUCGGGAUGCUCGCCCUUGGCGCCUGGGCCAUGCAAAGCAGCGCCGACGAUGUAGGGUGGAGGGUCCGAGUCAACGUCCAGGAGGGGCGAGUCGACGUCAGUCUGCAUCCCUUGGAAUGCGUCAUGCUCAUCGAGGUGAUGCUGGCAAGGGUUAGGCCCUGUCAGGACCUCACAUCUCCGGACGACUCAGAGCCCCGAUCCCAGCACUACUGGGGUGGUGUCUGCGUCCAGGGUCAGCGGAGGCGCGGCAAGCAGCACGACGACGGGCUCCUCAACGACAUCCUCCUCAUCACGGCCUCCUCAACGACGGCGACGGGCGCCGCAGCCGCUACAGCCGGCGCGGUCCUCGGCCCCCUCUUCGCGGCCGCCGUGGCUGCUGGCCUUGGGCUGCUAUGA